GGCCAGUUGCUACCUCCCUUUAUCUCCUUCCCGGUUGGCAGCGAGGAGGCUAUUUCCAGACACUUCCACCCCUCUCCGGCCACGUCACCCCCUCCUUUAAUUCAUAAAGGUGCCCCGCGCCGGCUUCCCGGACACGUCGGCGGCGCGCACCGCUCUCGAUCCGGCCGCGGCCAGCGAGCGACUCGGCGCCUGGAGGCCCGGCACCCAGCGACCCGGCACCCCGCGACCCGGCACCCCGGCGGCUGCCCCUCCGGGCCGACCCCGACCCAGCAUGAGCGCUGCCACCCACUCGCCCAUGGUGCAGAUGGCGUCCGGCAACGGCGCCGGCGACCCCCUGCCCCCCGGCUGGGAAAUCAAGAUUGAUCCGCAGACCGGCUGGCCUUUCUUCGUGGACCACAACAGCCGCACCACGACGUGGAACGACCCGCGCGUGCCCCCCGAGGGCCCCAAGGAAGCACCGUCCUCUGCAAAUGGCCCUUCCCAGGAGGGCCCCCGGCUGCUCCCUCCUCGGGAAGGCCACGCCGUGUACCCCCAGCUCCGACCAGGCUACAUUGCCAUUCCUGUCCUCCACGAAGGCGCCGAGGGCCGGCAGCCGCGCCCUUCCUUUGUCUGUCCCCAGCCAGGGACACAGCGAUUCCGAACCGAGGCGGCCACAGAGGCUCCUCAGAAGUCCCAGUCACCCCUGCGGGGUGUGGCGGAAGCCACCCAGCCAGAUAAACAGUGUGGACAGGCGGUGGCAGCAGCUGCGGGAGCCCAGCCCCCAGGCUCCCACAGACCUGAGCGACCCCAGUCUCCAGCGGCUUCGGACUGCUCGUCCGCGUCCUCGUCGGCCAGCCUGCCCUCCUCCUCCGGCAGGAGCAGCCUGGGCACUCACCAGCUCCCCCGGGGCUAUAUCCCCAUCCCUGUGAUACACGAGCAGAAUGUCACCCGGCCAGCCGCCCAGCCUCCCUUCCACCAUGCCCAGAAGACCCACUACCCAGCUCAGCAGGCCGAAUACCAGACCUACCAGCCGAUGUACCACCGGGCCCCAGGGGACGACUGGGAGCCCCGGCCCGUGCCGGCAGCGUCCCCAUUCCGGUCACCCGUCCGGGGUGCAUCCAGCCGGGAGGGCUCUCCAGCCAGGAGCAGCACACCAGGGCACUCCCCGUUGCCCCACCGGGUGCACGCCGUGGUUGACAGGCCUCAGCAGCCCAUGACUCAUCGAGAAUCUUCACCUGUUCCCCAACCUGAACACAAACCCGAAAGCAAGCCAGGCCCAGUUGGACCAGAUCUCCUUCCUGGACACAUCCCGAUUCAGGUGAUCCGCAAGGAGGCAGAUUUGCCACCUGUCUCCCAGAAGCCCCCACCCACCUCUGAGAGGGUGGAAGUCAAGGUUUCGGCGGCUCCGGCUCCUUGUUCGCCCAGCCCCGCCCCUCCUGCUGUCCCCUCGUCCCCCAAGAAUGUGGCUGCCGAAGAAGGGGCAGCCCCCGGCCCUGCCCCCACCGAAGCCACACCCCCCAAACCAGGGGAAGCCGAGGUGCCCCCAAAACACCCAGGUGUGCUGAAGGUAGAGGCCAUCUUACAGAACGUGCAAGGGCUGGAGCAGGCCGUGGACAACUUUGAAGGCAAGAAGACGGACAAAAAGUACCUGAUGAUAGAAGAGUAUUUGACCAAAGAGCUGCUGGCCCUGGAUUCGGUAGACCCCGAAGGACGAGCCGACGUCCGUCAGGCCAGGAGAGAUGGUGUCAGGAAAGUUCAGACCAUCCUGGAAAAACUUGAACAGAAAGCAAUAGAUGUCCCGGGUCAAGUCCAGGUUUAUGAACUCCAGCCUAGCUCCCUCGAAACCGAUCGGCCACUGCAGGAGAUCAUGGAGAUGGGUGCCAUGGCAACAGACAAGAAUAAGAAAAGUGCUGGAAAUGGAGAAGAUCCCCACACUGAGAGCCCACAGCCAGAAGCCAAAGAAGCAGCAGCUGCAAACCCGGGCAGCCCCAGCACGGCAGACACAGCUGGGAACCCAGCCGCCCCGUAGUCUCCGCCCCGCGCCGCAGACCCGGGCCCUGGGAACUGCUGGUGUGCGGUAGGGAAUUUUAAGUUGCAUGCAUUUCAGGGACUUUAAAUCAGUUUGUUUUUACUGUUCGUAGGCGCUUGGUACACAGUAACUUGGGUGGAGGCCAAACACACUAAUUAAAGGGCUAAAAGGAAAAUAAUGCUUUUCUUCUGUAUUCUUAUUCUGUACAAAUAAAGAAGUUGCUUGUUUCAGAAGUUUAACCCCAUUGCUUGUUGUUGGGGCCCUUUCUGUGCUCGGGCACCACGUGUCGGCCAUGGUUGUAAGCUGUCUUCGUGGAGCUCUGGACCGAAGGAGGUUUUUGGCUGGUCGAUGGGGUGUUGAUUUCCCAUCGCACAAAUAUGGAAUCCAUUUUUCAGAAACGUCGCCCUUUUAAUGGGAUGAUUCUCUUCAUCUCAUAGCUAAAAUAGCUAACUUUAGAUAGAAUAAAAUGUGCAAGGAGCCCUAGGAAUAUCUGUAUGUUGGAUGACUUUAAUGUUAUACCUUUAGAAAAAGGAAAAUAAAGUAAUACUAUAACUCAA